AUGCGCAGACUCAGUUCCUGGAGGAAGAUGGCGACAGCCGAGAAGCAGAAGCACGACGGGCGGGUGAAGAUCGGCCACUACAUCCUGGGCGACACGCUGGGCGUCGGCACCUUCGGGAAAGUGAAGGUUGGCAAGCAUGAAUUGACUGGGCAUAAAGUUGCUGUGAAGAUACUCAAUCGGCAGAAGAUUCGAAGCCUUGAUGUGGUAGGAAAAAUCCGCAGAGAAAUUCAAAACCUCAAGCUUUUCAGGCAUCCUCAUAUAAUUAAAUUGUACCAGGUCAUCAGUACACCAUCUGAUAUUUUCAUGGUGAUGGAAUAUGUCUCAGGAGGAGAGCUAUUUGAUUAUAUCUGUAAAAAUGGAAGGAAAUCUGAUGUACCUGGAAUAGUAAGAACAGGCUCGAUGAAGGAGCUGGAUGAAAAAGAAAGUCGACGUCUGUUUCAGCAAAUCCUUUCUGGUGUGGAUUAUUGUCACAGGCAUAUGGUGGUUCACAGAGAUUUGAAACCUGAAAAUGUCCUGCUUGAUGCACACAUGAAUGCAAAGAUAGCUGAUUUUGGUCUUUCAAACAUGAUGUCAGAUGGUGAAUUUUUAAGAACAAGUUGUGGCUCACCUAACUAUGCUGCUCCAGAAGUAAUUUCAGGAAGACUCUAUGCAGGCCCUGAGGUGGACAUAUGGAGCAGUGGGGUUAUUCUCUAUGCUUUAUUAUGUGGAACGCUUCCGUUUGAUGAUGAUCAUGUGCCAACUCUUUUUAAAAAGAUAUGUGAUGGGAUUUUUUAUACCCCUCAAUACUUAAAUCCUUCUGUGAUUAGCCUUUUGAAGCAUAUGCUGCAGGUGGAUCCCAUGAAGAGGGCCACAAUAAAAGAUAUCAGGGAACACGAAUGGUUUAAACAGGACCUUCCCAAAUAUCUCUUUCCUGAAGACCCAUCAUAUAGUUCAACCAUGAUUGAUGAUGAAGCCUUAAAAGAAGUAUGUGAAAAAUUUGAAUGCUCUGAAGAGGAGGUUCUCAGCUGCCUUUAUAAUAGAAAUCACCAGGACCCUCUGGCCGUUGCCUAUCACCUAAUCAUAGAUAACAGGAGAAUUAUGAACGAAGCCAAAGAUUUCUACUUGGCAACAAGCCCACCUGAUUCUUUUCUUGAUGAUCACCAUUUAACUCGGCCCCAUCCAGAAAGAGUACCAUUCCUGGUUGCCGAAACACCAAGGGCACGCCAUACCCUUGAUGAAUUAAACCCACAGAAAUCUAAACAUCAAGGUGUAAGGAAAGCAAAAUGGCAUUUGGGAAUUAGAAGUCAAAGUCGACCAACUGAUAUCAUGGCAGAAGUAUGUAGAGCAAUUAAGCAAUUGGAUUAUGAAUGGAAGGUUGUAAACCCAUAUUAUUUGCGUGUUCGAAGGAAGAAUCCUGUGACAAGCACCUAUUCCAAAAUGAGUCUACAGUUAUACCAAGUGGAUAGUAGAACUUAUUUGUUGGAUUUCCGUAGUAUUGAUGAUGAAAUUACAGAAGCCAAAUCAGGGACUGCUACUCCACAGAGAUCAGGAUCAAUUAGCAACUAUCGAUCUUGCCAAAGGAAUGACUCAGAUGCUGAGGCCCAAGGAAAAUCCUCAGAAGUUUCUCUUACCUCAUCUGUGACCUCACUUGACUCUUCUCCUGUUGACUUAGCUCCAAGACCCGGAAGUCACACAAUAGAAUUUUUUGAAAUGUGUGCAAAUCUCAUUAAAAUCCUUGCACAAUAAACCUAAAAUGUUGCUUAUUUGUUUCAUAGCAAUAAGCAUGCAUAAUAAACAAUAGCCAAAUGCUUCCAUUUGUAAUCAAGUUUUAUAUAUAUAUAUACACACAAUUAUAACUAAAGAUUGGCCUUUUGAAAUGCAAUUUGCACAGGGAUUGGAACAUGACUGAAAAUUACAGCCUCAUGUGCAGAAAUGAAUUAAGAUUAUUUUGUUGUUUAUUGUUCAGUAGGCAUAUACAUAACAUAUAAUGAAUUAUAGAUCUCUCAGGCUCACUUGAUUUUUGGCUAUUUUAUAUUUGGUGUACACAGGGCUAUUUAGAUGAUUAAUUUACCAUAAAGGCCUUCAUGUGUUAUUACAUGCUGAUGUGUUCUAUAUUUGCUUUAUAAAUUUAUUCAAUAAAUACUUGCCUAGACUCCGUAGACUUUCACAGUUGAUAAUUGUUUUCUGGGUUCCUUAAAUAGCUAGUAUUUCACAGUAGUAGUUAGAGUUUGGAUGAUUUCUCCCAUACCUCCCUUAAAAUUCUACAUUAUAUGGUAGAUCAUAUCAGAUAGUAGAAUCAAUUUAAAAUAUUCCUUUAGCUUGGUUAGUCUCAUACACGUAGAUAUUCUAGGCCCUAAGUUUAAUCUUAAAAUUUGUUCCCCUAUGCCCUGUAUAUAAAAUGUUCUAUUUGUUUUAAGAGCUGAGUUACAUAAACUGUAAAUAAAUUGUUGCUUUUGCCAAAUUCACAAAUUCUUGCUUAUCAUGUCAGUAAAUAUGGAAUAUAUGCAGAAAUUUCGAAUCAUUUAAUCCUAUAUCUGACAAAUAGAUUCAGUGCAUAAAAGAAACAUCUUUUAGAAUCUUUAAGCUCUUGGAUAUAAGUGUUUUAUUUGAAGAUAGCAUUUUCACCCCAAUUUUUUUUAACAAAUAACUUUUAGAAAAAGAAAUGUUCAAAAAUUGUAGGGUGAUGAGAUGUAUGUAUAUUACUUAGAUUUGGCAGUUAACUUUUUAAUAGUUUCUUUACACAGAUUUACGUAUGUAUAAUGAUAAAGCUAGUUAUGCAUAUAUUUGUGUGUGUCUCUUGAACUGUUUAGAUGUGUACAUAUUUAUCACCUCUAAGCAUCUCCUAAAAUAUUCUAAAAAUCCCCUGAAUUUGCUAUGAAAUUUAUAUUUCCCUAAUAUUCAUACUUAGAUUUCAUUUGUCCUUAAAAUUUCUAUUUUAACUGGUUAUUUCAAAUUAGAAAAGAAUUAAAGCUUGCACCUUACAUUUGGUAUUAACAUUUUAGAUUAACAUUGUAUUUUUGUAAAAUGGGGAGCAAAUCCAUUCUUCUAGUUGGUCAAAGGUUCAAGUUUUAAUUAUUUUUCUUUAAUGCUUCAAUAUCCUAAAGAUCUCUGAUUAGAUAUCUAUUUCCCCUCUCAUGUAAUACACAUAGUAGCUGAAAAUGAUUGAAUUAAAGUGACCUCAGAUAAAACUGACAUUAUGUAUGUAGAUAAAAAAUAUAUCACCCAUAUUUGCCUUAUACUAUUUUAACUCCAACGAAUUGGUGCUGGGGAUAUAGCUGUGUGUUAAAAAGAGUGUUUGCCUGGCAUGUGCAGGGCCCUAAGUUUGAUCUCUAGCACCACAAAACAAAAGCAAAAUCCUUUUUGUGGAUGUUAAUCCUUUUCCUAUUCCAAUAUUGCUAUCUUCUUUUCCACUAUUUUAGGAUGUUGUAAAACUGUGAGCACUUAGGUAAGCAGAUGGUAAUAUACUCAGGUGUCACCAAAGCUUCCGUAAAGGGUGACCCUAGCUUAUGGUGACUCCAGUACCUCUAGACUCAUGCACUGAAUUCAGAACAAAAAUCUUGAUUCAUUUUGUCUUCUAUUCUUUGAAUUUGAAAAUUGUACAAAGAAUGGAAGUUCCAUUUAAAUAGUAGUUCAAAACUAUGUUGUCUGUGGCCCUAUGUGUGGGGUUUGUUUUACUUAACGCUAACUGCAGCAUUUUAUUUCUGAUGCUAAGAGCAGAAGACUGCAUUUUUUAAAAAAGUGUUACAGAUUUGUAUAUAGAACUAAGUAAUAUCUCUACCAACAGUUGUGGGGAGGGAAGGACAAAAGGAGGAACCAGUUAAUUAGGACCUUCAAAAAAUUAUUAAUUUUGUAAGCUUUCUAAGUUAUUUUGAUUUAUUUACUGAGUUUUAUUUUGAAGAUAUUUAAAUAUUGCACUUGUACAAAUAGUAUAAAUGUGAACUAUUACAGCAAAAUCUUUUUUAAGCUACUAGUAUUUGAAGUGACAACUUUUGGUUGUGUCUAUCAAGGUUGCAAUGGAAUUUUCACAGAUUAUUGUAGCUUGCAGAUUCUUACUAAUACUGAAGAUGAACAGAGUCAAUGCAAAUGAUUUUUAAUCUUUUUUUAUUAUCUUUUCAGCAAUUUAUAUUUUUUUGUGAUUUUAUGCAACUGUAUUUUUACUUUGUCUUGACAACUGAAAGAUGUAUAUGGUUUUUGCCAGGAAAGUACUGUAUACAUAGUUUUAAAUGUAACAGAUUUUACUGAUGUGUAAAAAAAGUUGCCAUUAAAAUUGAUUUCUCACAGACAGGAACUUUUCUAUCAAGUUGAGGCAUAUGCGAGCUUAAUAUAUCGUAUCUAAUUUAAAAUAAUUUCAGUGAAAUAAAUGCGAUUGGUCUUA